AUGGCAGGUCCCUCCAGACCUGGCCUUCCCAGCGGCAGGAUGACCUCCAUGCGCCCUCCCGCUUCACGCAACCUUCAAGCCCUGCGCGCCCAAGCCGGCACACCAUCCGGGCGUGCAUCGCCCGCCGAGUCUGUCGCAUCCGUCGCAACAAACGCUACCCGCAACCGGUCCCCCGAAUCGCGCAAGCGCAAGGAGCGCGGCACCGACGCGAGAGCAGACACCAACAUCAAUGUCGUUGUGCGUUGCCGAGGGCGCAAUGACAGAGAAAUCCGUGAGAACAGCGGCGUCGUCGUCUCGACCGAUGGAGUCAAGGGCUCGACUGUCGAGCUCUCCAUGGGCCCCAAUGCCGUGAGCAACAAGACCUACAGCUUUGACAAGGUCUUCUCGCCAGCUGCAGACCAGGGCAUGGUUUUUGACGAGGUUGUUGCACCCGUUUUGGACGAUGUGUUGAACGGCUUCAACUGCACCAUAUUCGCCUACGGUCAGACCGGUACCGGAAAGACCUACACCAUGUCAGGAGAUAUCACCGAGACCCUGCCGCUACCCGACGCUGCCGGUAUCGUUCCUCGUGUUCUACACGCUUUGUUCGGAAAGCUCGAGGGCGAUGAAAGCGAAAACUCCGUCAAGUGCUCUUUCAUCGAGCUUUACAACGAAGAACUUCGCGAUCUUCUGGCCGUGGAUGAUAGCGUCAAGCUGAAGCUGUACGAGGAUAACAGCAAGAAGGGCCACUCGGCAACCUUGGUCCAAGGAAUGGAGGAAUCGCACAUCAACAAUGCAUCCAAGGGGAUCAAACUGCUCCGCGAGGGUAGCCACAAGCGGCAGGUCGCCGCAACAAAGUGCAACGACUUGAGUUCUCGAAGUCAUACAGUCUUCACCAUCACAGUCUACUUGAAGCGCACGACCGAGACCGGAGAGGACUUUGUCAGCGCAGGAAAAUUGAACUUGGUCGACUUGGCUGGCAGUGAAAACAUCCAGCGAAGUGGAGCCGAGAACAAGCGUGCGGCAGAGGCUGGCUUGAUCAACAAAAGCUUGCUUACUUUGGGCCGUGUCAUCAAUGCCUUGGUCGAAAAGAGUUCCCACAUCCCUUACCGCGAGUCCAAGUUGACUCGGCUGCUGCAAGACUCCCUGGGUGGUCGUACGAAGACUUGCAUCAUUGCUACGCUUUCUCCAGCGAAGAGCAACCUCGAGGAGACCAUUUCUACUCUGGACUAUGCCUUCCGUGCGAAGAACAUCCGCAACAAGCCUCAGAUCAACCAGAUGGUUUCAAAGAAGACCCUGUUCAAAGAAUUCACUUCUGAGAUCGAGAAGUUGAAGAUGGAGCUCAUUGCUACCAGACAACGGAACGGUGUCUACCUUGCUACCGAAACGUACGAGGAACUUACCACCGAGAGCGAGUCAAGAAGGAUACUGGUAGAUGAGCAAAAGGACAAGAUCGAGACAAUGGAAACCAAUCUUCGCAACAAAGUCCAGGAACUAUUCAAUCUUACCACGAACCUCUCCUCACUCAAGAAGGACCACGAAGCUACCAAGUCUAUUUUGGACGGCACAAAGAGCAUCUUGGAGAAGACCGAAGUGGUAUUGGAACACACGAGGAAGAGUCUUUCCGAGGAGGCUGCUUUGAGGAAAGCUCACGCAAAGACCGAAGAGGAGCUCGCCAACAUUGGCGAAGACCUCAUUUCAACCCUGGGACAGACCACUUCUGACAUUGGCGGGCUACACUCAAAGCUUCGACGUAGAUCUAAUCUUCACGAGACCAAUCGUCAGCAAUGGGGCUCCUCCAAAGCUCAAGUUGCCAGCACCACGAAUAUGGUUGACGAGCGCAUUUCCGGCUUCCAGUCACACCAAGAAGACCUCAUGGCCGGCCUUGCUUCUCGGAUGCAGGGCUUUGUGCAAGACGAGCUCGAGAAGCUCGGAGUCUCUCAGGCUUUCCUGUCAGAAAAGAUGGCAGCUUUCGAGCAGUCGGAGAAGGAAGUCAAUGAGCAGACGGCACAGUCGAAGGAGGACUUGAAUGGGGUAUUGGAAGAGAUCAAGACUCUGCGUGAGGAAGUCAAGCAGAAGGUUGGUGCUGGCUUGAACGACCUUUCUGCAGCUGCGGAGAGAAUUUCGGCGGGCAUUGUGACGGAGCUUGAGGCUUUCCAUACACAGCUCCACUCAUCUUAUGCGGCUCUUGGCCGCGACUUCAAGGGCACCUUUGAUGACCUCAUCAAACAGCUGAACGAGCAACAUACCGAGGUCGACACUCUGCGAAAGCAGAUGUCCGAAGCCAACUGGGAAGUCCUUGCGGCAAACAAAGCUGCUCGGACGAGCGUGACCUCGGUGGUUGAAGAAGAGAAGCAGAAGGCUGCUGCUGAGCGUGAGGAGCUUCUUGCGCAGAUGGCUGCCCUGAUAAACUCGACUGCCGCUGCUCAGGAGCAGCGUCUAGCUAAUCGUAUUGCCCACGUCGGCAAGGAUCUUGACACGGCCAACACCAAUUUCGAGACGGCUACCGAGACGUAUAACAAGAGCAUGGACGGAUGGACUAGCAAGGCGUCCGACUUGAUCGGCGGCGUCGUCAAGUCCCGUGAGAACGUCAAAACCAAGAUCAAGGCUGACUUCGCGAGUGCAAAUGAGCACACGGAUUCUCUUCGCCAAACCACGGCCUCGGUCCACAAGUCGACAGUCAAGAUCGUCAACAGCCAAAUGGAGAACAUGGACUCGCAGCUUCACUCACUUGAUGACAUUGUAGCCCGCGUUCGGGAACAGAAUGAGGCUCAUCACACCAGGCACACUGAAUCGCUCUCGGCUCUGACGUCUAAUGUCCAAGCAUCCUACAUCAACAUUGGCGAGCACUUCAACACGUCUUUCUCUCGCAUUCAGGAUGUCAGCUCGGACAUGGAGGCUAAGACGGCUACUCUACAAGCUACUCUGCCUUUGCUGGCCGAAGACGGAGAAAUCCGUGGUCCUCUCAGGAUGCUUCGCGAGGAGAUCGAGCAGCAGGCUUUGCAAGAGUACGUGCCUACGGGCGAGACUCCACAGAUCUCGAAAUACACGUACCCGACCACGUUGCCCCGCACCGAGGCUCAAGACUCCUUCCUCGCCAAGCUCCGAGGCAAAGCCCCUCCCAGUCGCUCCACCACGGCUUCUCCCCAGAAGAGCCCGCCGAAGCGCAUGGUCUUCGCCGACGCCGCGCCGUCCACAGACGAGGAGCACGCCGGGACCUCGACUCGGCCCGCCAGCGCUGCCAGCGACACCAGCGCCAGCGGCGGGCUCCGCGAGCUUGACCCCAACACCAUCAACGCCUCGUCGACAGAGUCGGCCUCGGCCCCGCCCACGGUUUCGCUCAAGAUCGGCUCUCCAACGCUUUCGGCGGCGGCGCCGCCACUAAAGCGACAGUACUCGGAAAAGACGGAGAGUAAGCUGCCGAUGAAGAAGAAGCAGAACCGCAUGACCGUCGCUGGCGCGCAAGGCGUGGAUGACAGGGAGAAUUUGCCGCAGGGGCAGGAUUUCAGCAAAAGCGUUGGCGUUGCGGAAGGUAGAAGGAGAUUGAGGAGUCAAGGCGGUGCCGUGUAG